GAAGGGACCAGAGCGGCGGGGCGGCAUACGGUGGCCGGUAGGACCUCGGAGGCGGCGGUCUCAGCAGCGGGAUGGAAAGAUCUUGACAUUCCUUUUGAACAUGUUGCUAUACUACAUGAAGAGUAUUAGUAUUAUAUGACUAGAAUUUCCAAUACCUAAAUAAUGUUUUUUCAUGCAAGUUCAGCAUAACCACAUUAGAUAAUUACACUAUCAGAUUUGGAAUGUGACUACAUUAAUGCUAGAUCUUGCUGCUCGAAACUAAAUAAAUGGGUGAUCCCUGAAUUGAUUGGCCACACCAUUGUCACUGUAUUAAUGCUUAUUUCACUGCACUGGUUCAUCUUCCUUCUCAAUUUACCUGUAGCAACCUGGAAUAUAUAUAGGUACAUUAUGGUUCCCAGUGGAAACAUGGGAGUAUUUGAUCCCACAGAGAUCCACAAUCGAGGGCAGCUAAAAUCACACAUGAAGGAGGCCAUGAUUAAGCUUGGCUUUCACCUUCUUUGUUUCUUCAUGUACCUUUACAGUAUGAUCCUGGCUUUGAUAAAUGACUGAUGUCGAAGUGGAACUCUUAAGGUGGCCAAAUUCUGAAUUGACACUCUAUUGAAAUGUUAUGGAGCCAGGAGCAGCUUUCAAGUAACUAGACCAGUGUUGUCAUGCAGUAUAUUUUUCCUCUUCGAACAAAAAAUAUUUUUGCUGUAUUUUUUGACAUAUAAAAUAUUUUAAAAAAACCA